AGUAAUGAAUGAAAGUAUGACUAAUUCAACGCAGUUUAAUAUGAUAGGCAGACGAAACAUUGCAGAAUUAAACUUGUGUAAUUGUUUUAAAAUAUCUAAUUCUUUUGCCAUAUCGAUUUCUAUCAAAGUAUCCAUUUAUUUUCAGUACAGCCUUACUAUGGUACCAGUGCAUUUAGUGAAGUUUACUCACACUGUGCUGUAGGGAAAGAGAAAUAGUCACUUUCUCACGAUUGGUAUAUUUCUGAUAAUUUGAAGAAACGUCAUUAAUUUAAAUAUCUAUUUUUGUGUUGAUUGUGCAGAUAUAAUAAAAAAAUCGCGGUAUGAAACUAAAAAUCAAUAAAGAACAUGUACGCCCUUCGCCUGUCGUAAUUCGGAGUAGCAGACGAAGUUUUGAUUUAUCUAUCUUGAAGAAAAAGCGAUUCUCAUUUGGAAGAAAACGAACGUCAUCACCUCCAAAAGUUCGGGGCAUCCAUCAACGAAGCGUUGAUGAACAAGAACAAACUACAAGAAAUCUUUUACAAGGUUCACAAACAUCCAUAGUCGCAGCUUUGCUAGGAACAUGGAAAGCAGAGGAUGGCACUUCAAAACCUGAAACUGAAACGAAAACACCUCGAAGAUCAUCAAUAAAUAUGAAGUUUGUAGCUGGAAAUCACGAACCUGGAACUUUUACAGUUUUAGAAGCGGAAAGUGUUGACGAUAUGUAUGUGACACUUCGUCCGUCAUACACAAGUAGUGGUUCUAUGCAAAAAUUUAUAAGGGACGAUUCGCCGUUACCAAAGAAAAGCAUGUUUCGUUCUGUGAAAAAAGUUGCAAGUACCAACACAACUCGGUUAAUAUCGUCCCCACUAGUUCAGCAACUCAGACGUGUAUCCAGCAAAUCUGUUUCACCAAACAGACGCAAGCGCCUCCGCUUGACUUCUGAUUAUGCCGGAUUUUCGGACUUACAUCCAAAUCUUAACGAGGAAGUGAUUUUGAAAGGAUUAAGAACGCAGUCAUCCGGAAUCAAAUUUGGUCGCCCACAACUUAUUACAUCAAGAUCCUCGUUAGGCCAUUCCACACCUGAACGUUACACCACAACACAUAGAGUAGAGCCACAUCGCGGAAUAUCACCAAUGUCAUUUAAAAAACAACGAACGUCGUCCAGUCCGAGAUCUUUUCAGAAAUAUACGAGUCUCCCUCUUCUUUCGCGAAGUCCACAACGGGAUAGUUUGGGGCCGAAAGCUCCAAGAAAAAAGCAGACUAGAACAUCAGCCCCAACACCGCCACAUCAGAUCACGUUUGACAUUGUUCUGAACAACCAAGAAUUACUGAAUGAAUUUCGAUCAUUUUUGAAAAAAGAAUUCAGCGACGAAAAUCUUGAUUUCUGGCAAGAAUGUGAAUGCUACAAAGCGGAGAAAAUGGAACGCCAACCGAAAAUAGCACAUAAAUUAUACAUCAAAUACCUAAAGCCUAUGUCCCCAAGAGAGGUAAAUGUUGACGGAAAAAUACGCGAAGAAAUAUCUAGAAGGAUAUUAAACGCAGAUAAAGAAACGUUUUUUCCAGCACAGAAUCAAAUUUAUAAACUCAUGCAAAACGAUUCUUUUCCUCGUUUUCGAUCUGAUAGAUUGAAAUAAUAACCUUGUUUUUGAUUUUAUUUUAUAUUUUCUGUGAAUAUUUAAAUCUUUUGACCAUGAGUUCAAGCUGUUUUUCAUGUUCUUUCAAUCUGCUGUUUCCAAUAUAAAAAUAAUACAAUGUGAUGUGACUCUA